AUGGCUUUAAGUCUGCGCCUCUGCGUUCUGCUGGUGGUGUUGGUCUGGGCUCAGGAAGAUGCUCUCGAUGGACGUGAGCCGAAGGUGAGGAGAGCCUUGCUGAGCAGCCAUUCUGGCCGCCGCUUAGGUUGGGGGUGGCUUGGCAAGUUGGCUGGCAAACUCGGAAAGCACGGAGAUGACAUCCCGCACGUCAGCGUAGACCCCCCUAUACCUCACUAUGGCAGCUGGCAAGGGUCUCAAGGAGUCCCUAAAGACGUUGUCAUCAACAUUCCAGGACACGGCCUUCUCGUUGCAGACCUGGCGCCCUUCCUUGAUGACAUCCCCGUGAAAGGGGUCACAGAAUCAUUCGAUUCCCCGGAGCUCAUCGCAGUACCGGUGCCAGGAGGUGUGGUAACUGUUCCACUGCGGAAACCACCCAAGUUGCCAACGCCAUCGAAUUCAGUGCCAGCCUUGCGGCCAAAACCGCACUUGCCGGGCUUGGGAGAGCAGGAUGUGGAGGACGAAUACGUUGUUUGGAAGCCUCAGUAUCCUGGGCCGAUCUGGCGCAUGGCGUAUUGCAGUAGUGCAGAAGGUGCUUGCCUCACCCAUGAUGCAAAUAUAUAUAAAGGUGGAUCCAUUUGCAUUGCGAAACUCCCACCUUUCUCAGUCGUGCGCUUGACUGACUUCUAUGCGCGUUAUCCCAGCCGUCUUGUCAUCAACGGCGCUGAGUAUAGCGGGAACAUUCUCGAGAACCAGACGUUUGUAUUGUGGUCUCACAUUGCAUGGGACGGGUUGGAUGGUCACUUUCAGAUCUGCAUGGAGGCACCUCCUCUUUGCCCAGAUGGCUUCGAACUGACUCCAGUGCCGGUCGAGGAAUGCCCCGCAGGUGCAGAAGUGCUUUCCAACUGUGAAGAGGCUGAGCCCGGAGAGUUAUGCGAAGGCAAUGGCCAGUGCGGCACAAGGACCGAUAUCAACAACUGCUAUGACAGCGGCUACACCUACCCAGCUUCCCGUGAUGUCUAUCGGAAGCAGAACUUCACCAGAAACGAAAGCAAUGCUACCGCCUCUACACCAUUCACGACCACCACAACAACUUGCUCCUUCACUGAAAUCUCCCUCGAAGAAGAGCAAGUGGAUGGGCUUUGGCAUUUCCAAGGGCCAUGUGUGGUGAGCGGUCCUUGCUUGAGCAGUCCUGGUUAUCCAGGCUUUUAUGGUGAGAAUGAGACUUGCGUUGCUUCUUUACCACCUUUCACUGCCUUGACUGUCAAAGAAUUUGGCACAGAAAAGUUCUAUGACCAGCUCACGGUGAAUGCCAUCAGAUACAGUGGUAGAGGUUUGCGGGGCGAGUCAUUUGUAUUAUGGUCCAGCAUCACCUGGACUUCAGAUGAGUCCAAUGAUAGGUAUGCGGAAUACUGGAAGCUGUGCCUAGACACGCCUCCCGUGUGCUCCGAUGGUCUAGUGCUGACUCCGGUUUCGGUGCCCGACUGCCCUGCAGCGACAGAACGGCUCAGGGACUGCCAGCGUGCUGAGCCCGGAGAGUUAUGUGAAGGUGACGGCCAGUGUGGCACAAGGACCGAUAUCAACAACUGCUAUGACAGCAACUACACCUACCCAGCUUCCCGUGACGUCUACCGGAAACACAAUGGCACCACGGUCAGUUGGAUAGUGGAUGGACCGUGUAGCGUGGUUGAUGGUUGCGUCCAGAGCUUUCAUGGAAAUGGGUCGCGCAGCCAGGAGUGCAACAUGUCCCUCACAGAAGCGGCAUAUGUCACAGUGAGGCAGCGCAGAGGCUCGCUUCAGAUCAAUGGACGAGAACUUUCUUACGACCGCGAUUCCAUUUUCGUAAAUUCAAGCAUUCGUUGGACAUCAGAAUCAAGCUCAGAAGAGUACGAAGAAACAUGGCUGAUCUGUAUCGGGAAGCAUAAGCAACUGAGUGAAGACGCGUCAGAUCCAGGGUAUAUCAAUCCCCGUGCCGGUGAUGCUACUGCGUGGUUUUGGUAUUGCGUGGGUCUUACCGUUUUCUGCGCCGUUUGUUGCCAAUGGUACAAGUUUUGCAAGAAGGAGACAGAGGAGUCCGAAGCAUCGCCCUCGCCCUCCAGACGACCGGAGGAUGGGGUGUUGCCGGUGCCGCCAUCGCUGCCCAGGCAAGGCGAGCACAACGCGCCGCCGUUGCCUGUGACAAAUCAGCUGAAUGGCAUCAGUGCUGCGUAUGUCUUGGAUAUUUUCCCAGCGCUUGCACGACAGAGCACUGGCUUGGAGAACCCCAACUUCUACGAGAUGGCUCCAGUCGUAGCAAUGGGCGAAACUGGCCUGGGAUAUGGAAAGACCUGCUCUGAGGAUGGGGGGCCAAAUUGUAGCAUCGUUGAUGCAGUCGAGGAGCACCACAAGGGAAAGGUCAGCCACUUUGUCUCUUGGUGUUGGGCUUGCAGGCUCAAUGACUUCGUUGGCGCCCUGCGAGCUUGGAUGGAGGGAGACCGCAUCAGUGUCAGGGAGGCGUAUCUCUGGAUUUGCUUCUUCUGCGACAACCAAUACCGGCUUCCCAAGUCUGGCACCCUCUUCUCUUCUGCAAAUGAACUACAAACAGUUUUGGAGAGUCGUUUGGCGAGAGCGGGACAGAUGCUUUUCUUAGUUGAUGCGGAUACUACUUGCACAAAAAGGGCCUGGUGCUUAUUCGAAGUCUUCACAUGUGUUGACAAGCAGCUUCCCAUCACCAUCAUGCUUCCGGCUACGCGUGAGGGACUUCAGGAGGCAUUUUCAACCAUUGACCUACGGACUGCGAGGGCCACCAGCAAGGCAGAUGAGGACAUGAUCAACGAGGUGGUGCUCACCGGUGCCGGCUUUGAUGCUGCCAAUGAAAGGGUCCAAGACUGCUUGCUCGAGUGUUUGAAGCAUUAG